AGGCGCCGAGCGGGCGAGCGAGCAGCUAAGAUGGAGGCCGCUGCGGAGCGGGACGGGUCCUUCUGCGUCUGUGCGGAAAACAAAGAGCGGCUCCGGCUGUUGGCGCAGCUUUGCGGCGGCGGCGAUCCCACACCCCUUCCACUGAAAGACACAGACGGAGGGAGAGAAAGGACCAACCACCUACUAAGUGCCAGACUUGAGGCCAGCCUCUCUCCUCCCAUCUCAUUCUUUCCUAUAUGGGCAAAUGAGUCUGCAGACAGUGCAGGAACAGACUGAGGAACCAAGACGGACGCUCACAUCACCGAAAAGUGAAGGAAAAUUAACAAAGACGCCUGCAAAGAUUUCUCUUCUUCUCACUAACUGAAAGCAGAUAAGUGCAAUGGCGACGCCCAAAAACACUCCCCGAGGUGCAAACACACCGCUAUCGCCCAACCGCAUCACUCGGCUCCAGGAGAAGGAGGACCUGUGCAACCUCAACGACCGCCUGGCCGUCUACAUCGACAAGGUGCGCUCCCUGGAGUCUGAGAACGCAGGUCUGCGGCUGCGCAUCACUGAGUCUGAGACGGAGGUCAGCCGGGAGCUGACGGGCCUGAAGGCCGCCUACGAGACCGAGCUGGCCGACGCCCGGCAGACCCUGGACUCCGUGGCCAAAGAGCGAGCUCGACUGCAGCUGGAGCUGGGCAAACUGAGAGAGGACCACAAGGAGCUGAAGGCCAGGAACACCAAGAAGGAGUCAGAGCUGGGAGGAGCUCUGCAGAGGCUCAAAGACCUGGAGGCGCUGCUGAACUCCAAGGAUGCGUCUCUGACUACGGCUCUGGGAGAGAAGCGGAACCUGGACGUGGAAAACAGGGAUCUGAAGGCUCAGGUUGCCAAGCUGGAUACCACUUUGGGCGAUGUGAGAAAACAGCUGCAGGAUGAGAUGCUGAGGAGAGUGGAUGGAGAGAAUCGCAUCCAGACUCUCAAAGAGGAGCUGGAAUUUCAAAAGAACCUUCACUCUGAGGAACUGCGGGAAGUGAAGCGGCGUCACGAGUCUCGUAUGAUCGAGCUGGACAAUGGCCACCAACAGGAAUUUGAAAGCAAGUUGGCUGAGGCCUUGGUGGAGAUGCGCAAUCAGCAUGAUCUGCAGAUCAAGAUGUACAAGGACGAGCUGGAGAAGACGUACAACAGCAAGCUGGAAAGCGCUCGCCAGUCGGCCGACAGGAGCAGCCACCUGGUGGGAGCAGCUCACGAGGAGCUUCAGCAGACACGCAUCCGUCUGGAGUCCAUGUCGGCUCAGCUCAGCCAGCUGCAGAAGCAGCUGGCGGCUCGAGAGGCCAAAGUGAGAGACCUGGAGGAUGCCCUGUCUCGAGAGCGGGACACUACCCGCCGGCUGCUCGGAGAAAAAGACAGAGAAAUGGCGGAGAUGAGGCAGCAGAUGCAGCAACAGCUGGACGAGUAUCAAGAGCUCCUGGAUGUGAAGCUAGCUCUGGAUAUGGAGAUAUGUGCCUACAGGAAGCUGCUGGAGGGAGAGGAGCAGAGGCUGCGUCUCUCUCCCAGCCCUCCACCCGCCAACGAGACAGGAAGUCGCUCCUCCACGUCGGCAGCUCACUCUAGAUCAAUCCACUGCGGCGCUAGGAGUUCUCCUGCCAAGAGGCGGCGCCCCAAUGACACCGACAGCGAGGCCUCCAGCUUCACAGCAGGCGCUGUGGCUCGCACGCGGAUCACACAGCAGGCGUCCGCCAGCGGCCGGGUCACUGUGGACGAGGUGGACAUGGACGGGAAAUACGUCAGACUCAGCAACAAAGCAGACGAGGAUCAGAACUUGGGGAACUGGCAGGUGAAGCGGCAGGUGGGGUCUGGAGCAGCCAUCGUCUUCAAGUUUCCAGCCAAGUUCACCCUGAAGGCCGGUCAGAGGGUCACGAUCUGGGCCUCAGCUGCUGGUGGAAGCCACAAUCCUCCAUCUGAGCUGGUGUGGAAGUCUCAGCCCUCCUGGGGGACUGGAGACCAGUUUCAGACCACUCUGAUCAGCGCUAAUGGAGAGGAAAUGGCAAUGAGGAAAGUCACCCGCAUUCAGUUUGAAGAAGAUGACGAUGACAUGCAGGUGGCUCACAGCACCUGUGGGGAUGGUGAAUACAAUCUCCGGAGCAGGACGGUGGUCUGCGGAUCCUGUGGACUUCCCUCGGACAAAUCCAGCAGCUGCUCUGUGAGCUCAGCCUCCCGCUCCUUCCGCAGUGGAGGCGUCUCUGAGGGUCUGCUGCCAAACUCCUACGUGUUCAGCACCAGCACGCCUCGCAAGACUGGAGGCAGAAUGGAGAACUGUCCGAUCAUGUGAACCACUGGAUCCAUGUAAUCUACACUAGUUAGGUGGCAGUUAUCUGUAGUUUAAUUAUUUACCAGUUGUAGUUAUUACUUUUUCUGGACAUUGUAUGCAAUCCAUUUUUAUGUUAUUUCUUAUAAUGUGUGUAGGCAUGUUUAUGAUUUUGGAUACUUGUGAUCUACAGUAUAUUUUGCAGUUAGAUUUUGUACCGGUGUUUUGAAACUGUAUUUCUCCUGAACUGGAGAAUGAAACUACCAGCCACUUCAUCAAACAUCGUAUAACAGCUGUUCAAGCUAUUCUGUGAUAUCUUAUUUUUUUAUAUUCCCUCAAACCUAUGACGUAUCAAACAUUGAAGUAAAUAGUUUUUGUUUAUUAGUUAAUUUGUUUAGCUUAUUUUUACAAAAUCGAAACAUAUUUUGAAUAAAACGGCUUUCAUAAAAAAUGUUAACUGGUUAUAUUCUUGCUACAGACUUACAGAAAAGUUGUAUUUUUCUGAAAUAAAAACGUUUUUACAUUU